CGAGUCGUAUUCGUUCUCCCGUCUCCUCUCUCCGUACCGCGACAGGAAUUAUUUUCCGUCGGUAAUUUCUGCAGAGAUUUUAGGGCUCUUCGAAGUCCUAAUCUCGCUGGAAUUCGAUCGCGAUCGCUGGAAUUUUGUCCGCUUGUGGUGGGGGAUUUGAUUCGGAGGCCAUCCAAAUCGGUCGGACCUCUCUCUCUGUCUCUCUCUCUCGCUUGCCCGGGGGGGAUCUGUGUUGCCUUUCUCGCUGAAGUUUCCUCCGGCUUCAGCGAGAAAGAUUUCGAUCUGAGCCGUUGCUGUCGGAUUUAAGCUUGCUGGUUCUUCUCUUACUGGGUGGCAUUUGGAAGUGUGGGUUUUUUUUUGUCUGGUAGUCGGCUGGUAUUUUGUUGAGCUUCACUGUUGCAGAGAAGAGGAAUUUCGAGAAGUUAUCUGGCAAUUCGGAGGCUUUUUGGUGCUUUCUCUUUCGUAUAUGAUUUAGAGAGAUUGAGAAAGCAGACACAUUGUUGAAGUUUGAGGCAGUCAUGGUCUUCUGCGUGCUUCAGUUGAUCUUAUUCUCAGCACUCUUUAAAGUUUCUUAUUCAUAAUUGGACCUCAGCGUGGCCUCUUAUACAGAUAGAGGAGGAAUAAGAAGAUUAUGUUGUGUAGCCUCUCCAACCCGUUGCUGUAUCUGGAUCCCUCUCAUGGUGGUGAGGAUUUUGGAUGUUAGUACUGAAUCUAUAUUGAUGGGCAUCCUUGAAAGAUGCUUUCUGAAAAGCUCUUAAAACCAAUGGAGUUCAUUCACCACUUAGUGAUUGCAUUAUUUGGGGUGUUAUUUGCGUGCCAGUGUAAAGCCCAAUCUCCGGGCACAUCUACAAGCACUGCAGGAUCAUUAGAUUCUCUCCUUCAGGACUAUGCUUACCGUGCAUUUGUUCACCCCCACACUGGAGUUAUCUAUGAUGGUACUGUCUCUUCCAAUCUCACUGGCAUCAAGAUUGCGGCAAUGAGGCUCAAAAGUGGGAGCCUGUGGAAGAGAGGAGUUGAGAGCUAUAAGGAAUUCGAGAUCCCAGAGGGCAUUAUUGUGCAGCCAUAUGUAGAAAGGCUGGUUCUGGUUUACCAUAAUCUGGGCAACUGGUCUUCUUUCUACUAUCCUCUUCCCGGUUACACCUACCUGUCUCCUGUGCUUGGUCUUCUUGCUUAUGAUGCAGCAAAUUUGUCAGCUACCAACUUGCCUGAAUUAAAUGUUGCUUCGAAAUCACCCAUAUCCAUUAAUUUCACAAACAUCAUCUCUGUGCCAAGCGGUGCAAUUGCCAGAUGCGUUCAGUUUGGUUUAGGUGGCUCACCGGAUUUUAGAGACUUGGUAUCGAGCAGUAUUUGCUCCACAUAUGGACAGGGCCACUUCUCCAUUGUGGUCAAUUCCAGUGAGAUUACUCCUCCUCCAGCACCAGGUGUAGCUCCACCGCCAGGGCCAAAUCAUAUUGGUUCUAAGAGUAACAAGUCUAAGUUGUGGAAGAUAGUUGGAGGAGUGGUUGGUGGAAUUGUUGCUUUAAUUCUCUUGGCUCUGCUGGUUUGCUGGAUGCACCAGUAUAAACAUUACAAGAAGAUGGCACAGAUGGAGCAGCAUGCAGAUGCAGGAGUCUCGUUACAUACAGCAAGGGUUGGAAAUACACAGGUUCCUGUGGCUUCAGUGGCAAGGACACAGCCAUUCCUUGAGAAUGAACUUGUUGCUUAAGUGCUGUUGUUGCUUCAGUGCAGGAGCCCCUUCAAGGUUGGAACAGUUAUUCAAGUGUUGCAUAUAUACAUAUAGAACGAGCAUAUAUACAGCCAUUGCCAUUUUUCUUUUGACUUUGUGUUGGUUGAAAUGAAAUUUUCCUGAUUCGAGACAGGAUCAGGCAUUCUUUUGGGGAAGUCAUUGUUGUGUUCAGAUUGUUCAGUUCCUGAUUGUUCGCUGUUACUAUCGUCUUUAUUGAAAUGUCUACUGUAUGUAAAAAGCACCACAGAGCAUGUUGAACAAUUUCAAUUCAUUUGUUGGAUACUGUUUUAGAGGGA